AUGGAUACAAAUAUUGGUAUCCUCGAAAAUGCUCUCAUUCAGGUAGUGGUCGAGAGUGUUUUGCCAGAUAUGAUUGUAGUGUCAUAUACUGCCAUAAAUGGGUGUAUUUACCAAGGCAUACUGCUGAACAAUGCCAAAAAGUAAGCAAUUAUUCACUGAAACAAGAAAUAUAAUUUCAUUUUUCUGAUCUUAAUUUUUAGACGUUUUCCAUGUGGAAGUAUUCCAUUGACAAAACCUGCACUAUCACCCAGAAAUUUGAAGACUGAUUCUGAUAAUGACGUUUUAUAUUCAGUAAGCCAACGUUUCACUUAUUUCCAAAAUACUCCAAACACAUUUAAAAAAAUUCCCAGUAAAACCAAAAAAGUAAGAAAACCCAUGACUGUUCGUUUACGACCUCGUCAGGUUCUAUGUUCAAAAUGUAAAUCAAUUUGUACAGAAAAUUCAGACAAUGUUGAAAAUUCCAGAGAUCUUAUCAAAAAUAGGAAAAAUUCUAUUACCAAAAAUAAUGGAGAAAAAAGAUUAUUAAGAAGUCAUGGGCCUGUACCUGAUUUAUCUAUAAACUCUUCAAAUUCUGUAUCUGAGGUUAAAUCAAUGUGCCGUACACUGAUACCUAAACUUGUUAAAUUGAAAUCUAGAGAUAUAACAGAGGCACUUAAUAAUUAUACUGCGUUCACUGAACUAGGUGAAUGGGUAGAUAACAAAAAAGACUGUAAAGAUGACUGUGAUAUUCAAGAUAACGAUAAAGAGAAAAUAGUGUUACGUAAAAAAACAAGUGUUGGUUCAAUGGAAGAUCUAUGGGACGAAACUGCAUUUGAAGAAACUAAAAAAACACCAAUCAUCAAAAUAACAUUUGGAUCUCAAGGUGAAGGUACAGUUAUGGAAAUACCAUCUCGUCAAGCAGAUGGAGAGAGUGAACCAGAUAAACUAUUACGUAAAAGGGUAAAACGUAGAAGACAAGAUGGAGAAAAAAGAAAAAAACAUAAGAAAAGGCACAAAGAACAUGAAGAUGAUCUGGAUUUAGGUAAUUUUUCAGUAAAUUUAAAUCAUUUUAAUUCCGAAGAAGAAUUUCAUGUAACAAAAGAAACUGAUACUGCUGAAUCAAUUAACAAUAUAAAUGGUGAACAUUUUGGUAAUGAUAUUGAAUCUAACAAUUCAUCUGGAAUUGUAAUGGUGCCUCAAACAGAACCAUCUGACUCUAAUUCCUUAUUUAUUUUGAAAACUGGUAAAAUUCUGCAUGAAGGUGAUGUUGUAUGGGGAAAAGUAAAAGGAUUUCCUUGGUGGCCAGCAAAGGUAAAUAUUUUAAAAUAUUUGGAAUGUCAAAAUGUCUAAAUUAUUUAUUUAUAAUUAAUUAUUGAUAUUAAGGUAUCAAAUUUUACUACUAGUAAUGGUGAAGAACAUGGAUCGUUUGUUAAUGUCACUUGGUUUGGGUCUUCAACUACAUCUUUUCUUAAUUUAGAUCAGAUUAAUCCAUUUUUAGAUUUUUAUAAGGUAUUUUAUUUAAUAAUAAAUAUAAUGCAUGUUAUAAAUAAAGUAAAUUAUUAUUUUAUACUUGCCUUAAUAAUACACUUAAGUCAUUUCUAUUAGUGGCCAUAGUUUUUAAUUUAUAUGUGUUUGCAUAUUUCAAAGUAGCCCCCAAAAAAUCAAAAAAAAAUCAGUAUCUAAAAUUUUGUUACUGUACCUAUCACACAUUAAUGUGUUUUGUAUAAAAUAAAUUUUGUAAUAAUUGUUUUUAAACAUUGAAUGAUCAAUGUGAAAAAUAUGUAUUAUUAAUACAAAGAAUCAUGAAUGUUAGAUUACCUCAUAAUUAUAUAUCUUAAUUUGUAUAUAUUACCAGAAUCAUUGAUUAAUAAUAUAUACAUGCUGUCCAACAAAGAUAUACCCAUUACAAUAUCUCUAAGGGUAAUAAAGAUAAUUAAAUUAUGUUUUUUUUUUAUCUCAAGGAAAAAGACUGCAAAUAUUUAUAUUUGAACUGAUUUUCUGUUUUGAUAAAAAAAUUAAGAAAUAAUUUUUUAUUUUAUUAUUUUACAAAAGUUUGAAGAUAGUUUUAAAAUGGCUAUUUUAUAGAGUUUAUUGUUCUUCUGAAAAUAUUGUGCUAUUAACUUUUUAUUUUCAUAAAAUUUAUGAUUUUUAUUAAUUUUUUAAAGUUCAGAGAGAAAAGUGUACAGCCACAUAGCCAUAAUAAUAAUAAUCAAUUUGUAAAUUCAAUUUCAGGCUGUUGCAUAAUUAUAGGUAAUUUUCUCUGAACUUAUAUUUGAAUUUUUCAAAAUAGUAAAAUAAAAAUUUUUUUUAUCCAAACAUAAAAAUUGAAUUCAAGUAUAAAUAUUUGUAAUUCUUGCGAGGAGUAAUAUUAAAAAACAGAAUUUGAUUAUCUUUAUUACUUGAGGAGACAUUGUAAUGGGUAUAUCUUCGUAUGUAUAAUUAUAGGCAAAACCAGGUGAAGAUAAUAGGGGGGAGGUAAUUUUGAAAAUAUGACACUCAUGUAUAAUGAUUAUUUAUAGUUUUGAAUACAAUUUUUUCUUUGUAAUUAAUAGGUAGAUUGUAACCUUAUUUUACUCACAUUGUGUUGCCUAGGUUUAGUACAAUUGAUUGUACGUCAAGUUUUUUCAAAUUUUAUUUGUAAUUUGUUUGAAUCCUAAUUAUUAACCUUAUAAAAUUUAAAAUUUAUUAUUCACAUUUUAUUGGGAAUAUCGCGUGUAUAGUUUAGUGUUUAUUAAAAAUGUACUUGGAAAUUCACAAAAUUCACUUUAAUUGAAGAAUUGAUCCAUAACAGUUUUAAAUAAAUUGGGCUUCAUUCUUUAUAAUGAAAAUCUCAUAAAUUAUUAUCAUUAAUCAAGUUUAUUGAUAUUGAAUAAUUAUUAGUAAAUAUUUAUAAGGUUUUUUUUUCUCUUCUUCUAUGCUUCCAUAGUUUUAUUAAGGUUAGGUCUAAUAAAUUAUUCAAAAUAAUUUUAAAUAGUUAUUUUGUAAUUUUAGUCUCGAUUUAACAAACAUAAGAAAACUAGUAGUUACAAAGAAGCAAUCAAACAAGCAAUGGCUGAAGCAAAACUACAAGAAAAUACAAUCAACCAAAAUAUAAGUUGA